UACCAUGUCGCGUUAUCCUUUUUUUCUUUUCUUUAUCUUUAUUUCUCUACAAAAUGUCUAACUGGAAGAACGUUAACAACUGGCACUGGGUCAACAAGAAUUGCUUCAAGUGGGCUCAGAAUUGGUUCUCUGAACAGCUUGUUGGUCUUGAAGCCGAGAAAAAUGGUCACAAAGCUUCUAUAACUAAAGUAGUUGAUUUUUCUGGUGAUGUUGAUUUGAACCAAAGAAAAGGAAAGAUCAUUACCAUUUACGACGUUACCUUGAAGCUUAACUGGGAAGGUUCCCUUGCUGAUGGCACUGACGUUUCUGGCUCUAUUAAUAUCCCCGAAAUUGCUCAUGAUACCGAUUCAGAUGAUUAUGUGUUUGAAAUCUCAAUUGAUGAUGAUAAUAAUGCCAAACAAGCCAUCAAGGAAGUCAUCCGCAAAGGCUUGACCCCUUUGUUGAUCAAGAAGUUUGAAUCCUUCUCAGCCACUAUGAUCAAGGAAAAUUGUGAUGAUGUUUACAUUGAAUCCGAAAAGAUGGGUACUGCUACACCUCCUAGACUUGCGCACAACAAACCCACUAGCGCUUCCACUACUGCUACCAGCACCUCAGCUCCUGCUCCUACCGCCACACCCAAGAAGAUCAACACAACUACCUUGAAUGAUACCAAGGAAUUUCAAACAUCUGCACAUGAGCUUUAUGAGACUUUGACAGACGCACAACGCGCUCAAAUUUGGACCCGUGGUCAUGUUAAAUUGGAGAAACAAGUUGGAUCUAAAUUCGAGUUCUUCAAUGGUAAUGUCACUGGUGAAAUUCAGGAGUUGAUUCCUGACAAGAAGAUUGUGCAGACAUGGCGCUUACGUUCUUGGCCUGCUGGACAUUUCUCCAAGGUCAUUCUUGAGUUUGUUGAAGGUACUGAUUCCGUCACACUUAAAAUUACUCAAACAGGUGUUCCUGUUGGCGAAGAAGACUUGACUCAAACAAAUUGGAAUGGUUAUUACUGGAGAGCUAUCAAUGCUUCAUUUGGUUAUGGUGUUAACUUUUAAAUAAAUUAGAUUUUUAUUGUUAUUAUUAUUAUUAUUAUUUAUGCG